AUGCGUUGGUCCGCGUUUUGGCAGUUAUUGGUAGCUCUGGCGGCCCGGGGCCUGGCCCAGCCCGCGCCAACCCUCUGCGACGACGAGGCCUGUCGGUGUGACUCCUUUACACGCCUUAUUUGCAAUUGUACUACAGACUUUGGCGAGGUGACACUGCGACCAGACGGUGCUUAUCGGGUGCCGUCAACGGCCACUGCAAUUAUAAUUGACGGGUGCGCUCGAGUACAUUUCUUACCGGACACCGUCCGCGGACUCAUUCAGCUCCGCAACGUGGAGAUUAGGAAUGUAGCGUAUGCGGUAUUUAAUGAGCGUUCUCUUGCAUGGUCGCCAUUCUCUUCAAAUAGCGAUAUGAACCCUGGAAUACGCAUUACCAUACACAACAGUACAGUCAACGAGAUCUCUUCACACGCGAUUCAAGGACGAGUGAACGAUAUAAUUAUUAGCGAUAGCCGAAUCAGUAAUCUCAAACCGUUUGCAUUUUCUAGUCUGACUGGUGUUAAAAAUAUAGAACUUACCAAUAAUAUAUUUGAUAAUAUCGAAAUACAAUCAUUUAAGAAGUUCUCGACAUUGAACUUUAUGUUACGUGGCGGAACAAUAGGUACGCUUCCUAGUAGGUUUCUAUCUGACGUUGAAGUCAGUAAUUUGUUUAGGAUAAAAGAAGUUACCAUUAAACACCUGUCUAGCUUAGCUUUUCUUGUCAAUUCACCAAAGAAAGUUUUUAUUGAAAGCAACGUUAUCGAUUCCAUGGACGGAGAUGGGUUUCAUUUAGCAUCUAGAGGACCAAUUACUUUUAGAAAUAACACCGUAAAGACAUUACGAAAAGGUGCAUUUUUCGGAUUCACUGUCGAUAUGGAUGUGUUGUCAACACUUGGCCGACAGGAACUUGUGUUAGAUAAUAAUACAGUAAUGUAUUUGAAUCCGACAUCUCUCACGUUUAAUCGGACAACUUUAACGUUAAGAGUGGAUGGUUUAAACCUUAACGUUGAAUGUGCGUGUGAGUUGGCAGAAGAAUGGCGUGAAGUGCUAAAAGAGCAAGGAGGAAGCAUCACUUGUUGGUAUGAACUAGAAAAUCAUUAUGUGUCAUUACCGACAUAUGUGGACAGUCGAUGUGGGACGUUCAAACAGAACUUUUGGAUAUAUGUGGUGGUGGGCGUCAUAAUUAUAGCCGUCGCGGCAGCCGUUUCAAUCUUUUUUAUAGUGAAACAUGAAAAUGAAAAGAAGAAAAAAUUGCAAAUAGUAAUGCCGGACGGAAAAACGUAUAGAGAAACAGAGUUUCAUAUAGUGGUCGAGAGAGCCGAACUCCUCACCACAGACUUAUGA